GAGACAACAGGACAAGGAAGAGAGAGACUUGAAGGGACAUCUCAGAAAAAGCAGCUUGAACUUCCCCUUCCCAACGAAGUCAGCGCCAUGGACACUAAAGGCUCAUUUUUCUGUGGCUUCCUCUUGCUGCUUCUCAUCCAGCUCCAGUCCAGCAGAGCCAACCCUAUCUACAGCCUCAGCCCUGCCAAAGAACUAGCCAGCAUGGAGGCUCUGCUGGAGAGACUGGAGGAUAAAAUUGCAAUGAUCGAAGCCCUGGAGUCCAAUCCUGACCUGCAAGAACCCAAAACCCAGGAGGAGAUCCUGUCAGAACUCGUUGAUGACAGUGACAAUCAGAAGGCUGAACCGAGGCUUGCACCCAACACCCCUCUGUCCUACAGGGACCCCUUCCUCAAGAGGCUGAGGGGGCUGCAGAUGCCCAGGAUGAUGAGAGAUUCUGGCUGUUUUGGGAGGAGGAUUGACCGGAUCGGCUCCCUGAGCGGGAUGGGCUGCAAUGGUGAGUCCUGUCUAAGCCAUUUCACUGAACAGCACAGACCGUGUCCAUGCCAUGGGACAGGGAAGGAGCAGCUUCUCAUUUAA